AGUAGUCAGGUAGAGGAAGGAGAAGGAGGAGCAUGUGAGCUGUCUGAUAGGUUUGGCUGGUCUGUUGCUCCCUUCCAUUCUGUCUCUGCAGUAGAAUUCUGCAGUUUGUAUCCUCUGUGGCGUGCUGAGCUGUGGAGAGGCCUAGAGUUCUGUUGGGGACCUGUAAGAUUUUACUUCCAUUCUAAAGUAGGAGUGUGUGAGGGAGAGGAGGAGCGACAUCGAUGAAGAGAUAAAGGACAUGCAGGACUUUAGGGCACCAGGGUUCAAGUGACAUCCUUAUGGAAACUGGAAGAAGACGGAAUCAUAUCAGCCACAAACAAAAUCCUGUCAGCUUUUGGGGACAUAAUAAUUUUGACAUUGGGUGGCCAAAAAAAGAAGGAUAAAGACAGGAGUCAAGGACAAAAAAGCCAACCUGUGCUACAUCCCAACCCCACCUCCAGCAUGCCUGUGGAGACACUACAGCCUGGCCUGAGACAGCCGGUGGCAGUGAGGGCUGCUGCUGCUGGAACGCCCAACCGCCUUCUCAUGCCCAACCGCCGCCUCCUCCAGCCAAGAACAUUGGAAACAGCUGAGCCCAGGCAGAGUGCAGUGGAGAGACUGGCAGUAGACAAGGCUAAAUAUGUCAAGAACCAGGUGGCCCUCUUUAAGCAACAGCCAAUCAAAGUGCCUCCACCUAUCAUGCGCAAGCCUCUGAUGUCCCCUGCCCCCGCCCUGCGGCCCACCCGUAAGGCCCAACUGCCUCGCCCUGACUACAGCCAGCAAAGGAGUUCCCCACUGGACCUGGAGCACCUGAGUAACCUGAUCAACGGGGUGGGUGAGGCUGAAACUCCCCCUACCUCCCCAACCAUGGACCCAGUGGAGAGUAGUCAGGCCCCUGACUGCCCCACUACCAACUCUCCCUGCCCCUCUCCAAUCUCUGCUGGAGCUGGGUCAGGGGCUGCUGAGAGUAUCCAGACCCUCUGUCCUGAGUGGUCCACUCCAGUCAAAGUUAGGGUAAAUGCCUCUGGCCCACUAAGUCCUACAUGGUCUCCUACUGCAGUGACCAUACGUAGAGUGGACAUCAUACCCCACCACACCACACCAGUGAGGAUGUCCCUUAGAGCACAGCAGCAGAUGCACGUCCCAUUGCAGCCCAUGGCUCUGCAUCCACACACCCAGAUCCACAACACUAUGUCACCUCUGCGUCUCUUCCACCCCCGAACUACCUAUGCACCAGGCCCGGCGUCUCCUAAACCUGUCCCAGCCCCUCCACCACAAAAUCACACCCCAACACCCACCUCCCCGUCUAGCCCCGUCCAUCUCCCAGCCAACCCCCCCGUACUCCCGCCCUCCCCGUCGGUCACCUGCCUAUCGUCCGGCAGCUCCAGGAAACGUCCCUCUCUGAACCGCUCCAAAUCCGACAUGAGUGACCGUUACUCCCGGGCCAGUACUGAGCUGGAGCGCUUCUUCAACCUGUGUGGUUUGGACACUUCAGAGAUGCAGGUGCUGAAGGGGCCAGGCUCAGACAUCACCUCCCUUGCACAGUUCCGCAGUGCCAGCGCUCCUGGGUCAGAGUGUGCAGGCCAGGAGGGUGAAGAGGAAGGUGGGGCUGCAGAGCCGGCACCCUAUGGCAUCUCAGUAAUUGAGAGGAACGCCAGAGUUAUCAAGUGGCUUUAUGGUAUCCGCACAUCCAAGGAUAGUGCCAGGAGCACCAACAUGUAGGGCCAUGAGAGACUGAUGUAAAUAGAGGCAGGGGAGAAAAACUUUAAACAGGUGCACUUUAAACACAAUUCCUUUACAGAGAAAAAAGCAGGAGAAGUGUGACUGCCGGUAUAAACCAACUAAUGAAAAUGAAAGGAAGGGACUGAUCUGGACUAAUAGUGAAGGACACUGUCUGUCAAUGCAGUUUGAUAGUGUUGGACAUCAUUUGUGCAAAUUAUUUAUUGCAUGGUACUUGGUACCAACACCCGUUUCAUCCAUGGCAAAGCAGCAAUGUUUGGUGAAUGACACUUCUAUUGAUGAUGUGGAUCCUCUGUACCUCAUCUCCCAUCGGUCAUCAAGGAUGCUCAGAAAAGGCCUGACGACCAAGGCUACUCACCUUCCUCCAGCCAUUAUCAUUGGUAGUUCCAUGGUGAAGCACAUCUUAGUUGCUGGAGCUAAAACCCUGUGCUACCUGGGGGCUACGGUGAAGGAUAUCACAGGAUUUAUUUUGUCUAUCCUACAUCAGCAGCCAAGAGCUGCUGCUGUUGUAGUGCAUGUGGGAUCAAAUGAUAUCAAAAAUGGUAAAUCAGAGAUAAUGAAACAGGAUUUUAUUGAGCUGAUCAACACCCUAAAAUGCUCUGAAAGGCAGCUGAUUAUAUCUGGCCCCGUGCCAUUGCUGAGUUGUGACUGCGAAAGGUUCAGCAGGCUUUUAGCACUUCAUAUCUGGCUUAAAGUCUACUGCCAUUCUGUUGGCAUAACUUUUAUUGACAAUUUUUUACACUUUUUGGAAACAAAAGAUGCUAUACAGGGAUGAUGGACUCCACCCAAACCAUCUACGGUAGGAGCCCGGACUCUCUCGUCACAUUUUAAAGCUGUGUUAAGAUAUUGACUCAGAGACAGACCAAGCCCCACUCAGGUAAAAGGGGGAGGCUUGCAAGCCGAAGAACACCAUCCCAAAAUGGGAAGCACGGGGUGGCAGCAUCAUGUUGUGGGGGUGCUUUGCUGCAGGAGGGACUGGUGCAAUUCCCAAAAUAGAUGGAAUCAUGAGGUAGGAAAAGUAUGUGGAUAUAUUGAAGCAACAUCUCAAGACAUCAGUCAGGAAGUUAAAACUUGGUCAUAAAUGGGUCUUCCAAAUGGACAAUGACCCCAAGCAUACUUCCAAAGAGGUGGUAAAAUGGCUUAAGGACACCAAAGUCAAGAUAUUGGAGUGGACAUCACAAAGCCCUGACCUCAAUCCGAAAUAAAUAAGCUGAAAUAAAUCACUCUACUAUCUGACAUUAGACAUUCUUAAAAUAAAGUGGUGAUCCUAACUGACCUAUGACAGGGACUGUAUAUAAUCUCAUUUGGAGAGUAGUCAGACCUUUCACUUUUUCCACAUUUUGUUAUUACAGCCUUAUUUAUUUUUUUACCCCCUUUUCUCCCCAAUUUCAUGGUAUCCAAUUGUUUUUUUAGUAAUUACUAUCUUGUCUAAUCGCCACAACUCCCGUAUGGGCUCGGGAGAGACGAAGAUCAAAAGCCAUGUGUCCUCCGAAACACAACCCAACCAAGCCGCACUGCUUCUUAACACAGCACGCAUCCAACCCGGAAGCCAGCCACACCAAUGUGUCGGAGGAAACACCGUGCCCCUAGCGACCUGGUCAGCGUGCACUGUGCCACAGGAGUCGCUAGUGCACGAUGAGACAAGGAUAUCCCCACCUGACAAACAUUCCCUAACCGCUAGGCCAAUUGUGCGUCACCCCACGGACCUCCCGGUCGCGGCCGGCUGCAACAGAGCCUGGGCACGAACCCAGAGUCUCUGGUGGCAUAGCUAGCGCUGCGAUGCAGUGCCCUAGACCACUGCGCCACCCGGUAGACCUUUACAGACUUAUUUUAAAAUGAAUUAAAUAAACGUUCCUCAAUCUACACACAAUAACCCAUAGUGACAAAGCAAAAACAGGUUAAUGUUACAUUUACAAAAGUAUUCAGACUCUUUACUCAGUACUUUGUUGACGCACCUUUUGCAGCGAUUACAGCCUUGAGUCAUCUUGAGUAUGACGCUACAAUCUUGGCCCACCUGUAUUUGGGGAGUUCUUCCAUUCUCCUCUGAAAAUCCUGAAGUUCUGUCAGGUUGUAUGGGGAGCAUAGCUGCACAGCUAUUUUCAGGUCUCUCCAGAGAUGUUCAAGUCUGGCCUUCUGCUUGACCACUCAAGGACAUUCAGAGACAUGUCCCGAAGCCACUCCUGCGUUGUCUUGGCUGUGCUCUUAGGGUCGUUGUCCUGUUGGAAGGUGAACCUUCGCCCCAGUCUGAGGUCCUGAGUGCUCUGGAGCAGGUUUUCGUCAAGAAUCUCUCUGCACUUUACUCUGUUUAUCUUUCUCUCGAUCUUGACUAGUCUCCCAGUUCCUGCCACUGAAAAACAUCCCCACAGCAUGAUGCUGCCACCACCAUGCUUCACCAUAGGGAUGGUGCCAGGUUUCCUCCAGACUUGGCAUUCAGGCCAAAGAGUUCAAUCUUGGUUUCAUCAGACCAGAGAAUCUUGUUUCCCAUGGUCUGAGAGUCCUUUAGGUGGCUUUUUGGCAUACUCCAAGCAGCUGUCAUGUGCUUUUAUUGAGGAGUGGCUUCCGUCUGGCCAAUCUGCCAUAAAGGCCUGAUUGGUGGAAUGCUGCAGAGAUGGUUGUCUUUCUGGAAGGUACUCCCAUUUCCACAGAGGAACUCUGGAGCUCUGUCAAAGUGACCAUCGGGUUCUUGGUCACCUCCCUGAUUGCUCAGUUUGUCUGGGCUGCCAGCUCUAGGAAGAGUCUUUGUGGUUCCAAACAUCUUCCAUUUAAGAAUGAUGAAGGCCACUGUUCUUGGGGACCUUCAAUGCUGCAGAAAUGUUUUGUUUCCCUUCCCCAGAUCUGUGCCUCAACGCAAUCCUAUCUCAAAUCUCUAUGGACAAUUCCUUCGACCUCAUCGCUUGGUUUUUGCUCUGACAUGCACUGUCAACUGUGGGACCUUAUAUAGGUGUAUGCCUUUCCAAAUCAUGUCCAAUCUAUUGAAUUUACCACAGGUGGACUCUAAUCAAGUUGUAGAAACAUCUCAAGCAGGAUGCACCUCUUUGGCCUGAAUGCCAAGCUCCAUUUCGAGUCUCUUAGCAAAGGGUCUGUAUAUAAGCUAUUCAUGUUAUUUUUUUAUACAUUUGCAAAAUAUUGUAUGAACCUGUUUUUGAUUUGUCAUUAUGGGGUAUUGUGUGUAGAUUAUUUAAUCAAUUUUAGAAUAAGGUUGUAACAAAGUGUGGAAAAGGGAAUGGGUCUGCACUGUAGGUUCAGAACUUUUGUGAAACAUCACAGCACAGUCAACUGGAUGGUCAUCAGAGAUAGUUGGGGGUAGCUGAAGGAUGGGACUAAAAACAAACAAAAGAUAACUCAUGUAAAAUAUACUGUGUCCGUAAAAUGUGUAUAUAGUAUGUAUAAUCUGGAAGUAGAAGGCUAAGUCUUGUUGUCCCCAUUAGUUUACUCAAAUUAGGGGGGGGGGGGAAUAGUUUUAAAAAAAAUUAUCUUCAUAAUUAGAUUUUUCAUACCUAACCUUAAACCUAACCCUAACCUUAAAUUAUUACCAAAAGGAGAUUUUUGUAGGCAAUUUUGACUUUAUGGCCGUGUUAUCUUGUGGAAACUGGCGUAGCUGGGAAAGGAUUGGGACUGAUGGUUGAAGUUACGGUAAAGAUCAACAUGAGGUCAUGGGAGCCCAGUACCAUUUUUGAUGUUUCACGGGCAUGUUCAAUAGCAAGCGGUAAAUUGCGCGUGCCGUUUAGGCCAGCGACUUGCUUGUGGAUGUGCUGGCAGCAGGUUCGAUUGUGCAUCAAGAAUUCAUCAUAGUAAGUUUGUAUGAAGGUUUGGUUAUUAAAGGGUAAAUAGUUCAAUAGUAAUAUGCUCUAAAACUCUCUGGUGACAAACAAACUUUGCUUCCCUGUUUCCAAUUGUCCACGUGGCUGGGAGAACCUAUUCAAGAAAGAAAUACAUUUCAAAAAUGUUUAAAAAAUUAUGCAUUAUUAGCUAACUAUAAUAGCUACAGUGCAUGCUAACUCAAAUUAGUUGCAAAAUGAGCUAGCUAGUUGAUUCACUAGCUAUCUAGCCAUCGUCACAUACUGUAUAGAUUGCUGGCGAAGUGGAUUAAAUACCAGCUACCUAACUUCAAAUUAGCUAGCUAUCUUGAUAUAAUUAUCACUGUGAAAAACAAACUCCAAAUGCAUUUGUAUGUAGCUAGAUAACAGCCAUGGAGGGGGGGUGAAAGGAUAGCAGCCACAACUGUCAACGUGAGAGAGUAGGCUAUUCUGGAUAGGGCAGGUACUUUUGUGUAGUUCCUGUCCCUAGAAGUGAGGACGGAGAUAAUGGUAACAUAAUAUUCAGUUCGGUGUAAUUUGACUAUAAUGAAGACUGUCCUCAGAUAAAGAGAGCUAUGAAAGCCUGUCUACAUAUGAAGAGGUCCCAAUGAAGAGCAGUGGUUCUCAGUCCUGGUCCUGGGGACUCAAAGAGGCACAGUUUUGUUUUUGCCUCAGCACUGCACUGCUGAUUUCAAAUGAUCAACUCAUCAUCAAGCUUCAAGUGGUAUGUAUUUAUUCAUUUGUGAUGCUGUCCUGAUGAUCCUGUUUUUGUCACAUGCUACACAUGCCUAUAUGUGUGCCCUUGCAUCUAUCAACCCAAUGUUAUCAUGAUUUGUUACCUGGGGCGGAAGGUAGCCUAGUGGUUAGAGCAUUGAACUAGUAACCGAAAGGUUGCAAGAUCAAAUCACAGAGCUGACAAGGUAAAAAAUCUGUCGUUCUGCUCCUGAACAAGGCAGUUUUAAAUUAACCCACUGUUCCUAGGCCUUCAUUGAAAAUAAUAAUUUGUUCAUAACUGACUUGCCUAGUUAUUUUUUAAGUGAUAUUGUGAUAUUAUACUUUUGUAAUCCACAAUGACCUGGUGAUGUAAAAGUCUAAUAAUUACAUUGUAUUCCAUAUUCCUACAGAUACCUUGUAACUGGAGAUUCCUUCAAAACGAUUGCCUACAGUUAACGUGUAGGGCACCGCAAGGUUUGGUGAUCAGAGCCAUCUGGGAAUGCCUCCUCAAAUCAACAGGUGUAAACCUUACAGUAAAAAAUACACAACAGGUGUAAAUAUUACAGUAAAAUGCUUACUUACAGGCUCUAACCAAUGGUGCCAAAAAAAAGGUGUGUGUGUGUAGGUAAGUAAAGAAAUAAAACAACAGUAGAAAGACAUUAAAAAAAGAGUAGCAAGGCUAUAUACAGACUCCUGUUAGUCAGGCUUAUUGAGGUAGUAUGUACAUGUAGGUAUCGUUAAAGUGACUAUGCAUAUAUGAUGAACAUAGAGUAGAAGAAGAGUAAAAAGAGGGGUUGGCGGGUGGUGGGACACAAUGCAGAUAGCCCGGUUAGCCAAUGUGCGGGAGCACUGGUUGGUCGGGCCAAUUUAGGUAGUAUGUACGUGAAUGUAUAGUUAAAGUGACUAAGCAUAUAAGAUAAACAGAGAGUAGCAGCAGCAUAAAAGAGGGGUUGGGAGGGGUGGGGGGCACACAAUGCAAAUAGUCCAGGUAACCAUUGGUUACCUGUUCAGGAGUCUUAUGGCGUGGGGGUAAAAACUGUUGAGAAGCCUUUUUGUCCUAGACUUGGCACUCCGGUACCGCUUGCCAUGCGGUAGUAGAGAGAACAGUCUAUGACUGGGGUGGCUGGGAUCUUUGACAAUUUUUAGGGCCUUCCUCUGACACCGCCUGGUGUAGAGGUCCUGGAUGGCAGGCAGCUUUGGCCCAGUGAUGUACUGGACCGUACGCACUACCCUCUGUAGUGCCUUGCGGUCAGAGGCUGAGCAAUUGCCGUACCAGGCAGUGAUGCAACCAGUGUGCUCAAUGUUGCAGCUGUACAACCUUUUGAGGAUCUCAGGACACAUGCCAAAUCUUUUUAGUUUCCUGAGGGGGAAUAGGCUUUGUCGUGCCCUCUUUACGACUGUCUUGGUCUGUUUGGACCAAUCAAGUUGAUGUGGAAACCAAGGAAUUUGAAGCUCUCAACCUGCUCCACUACAGCCCCGUCGAUGAGAAUGGGGACAUGCUCAGUGCUCCUUUUCCUGUAGUCCACAAUCAUCUCCUGGAGGAAUUCAGGUGUGUGAAGGCUACCUCUGUCCUACAUAACUUCAUGAGGAUGGACACGAGGACCAGGAGUGGAUCUGCAACUUGCGCUGCAAGAGAGGCAAUCCGUGUGCAGGAGAUCUUCACCUCCCACUUCUUCGAAGAGGGUGCUGUUCCCUGGCAUCACCGUAGACUACACUAUGCACAAUAAAAGGCUCUUUUAAGAGCCAUUCACAUUGCAAUAAGAGUAUUCUUCCAUUUACUUAACUAUGUCAACUGCAGUUAUUCAAUUUCCAGUUUCUUUCCCUUUGAUUUUUACUUCUCAGGUGAGGGUGCUGUUUGGGUAAGGGUGUGAUGUCUGUACAAAAACAGGCUAUUUUAAAUGACCCAUAUUGAAAAAAUUUAGAACAAUUAGACGCCCUUUAACCCACACACUCAUGUAUCAAUCUGAUUGAUGGAUUGUUGUGCAGUAAGCAGGUUCAGGUGUAGAACUGUGGCUCCUUUCCCCUUCAAAGAAUAGGCAAGAUGGCCAACCAUGGAGAAUAGUAAGACUCUUCAUUAUUUCUAUAACUGUGCUAUAUUGUUUGUGCCUGUGUGUCCGUUCAUGUUUUUCAGCAUGAAGUAUUCUGCAGCCACUUAGUGUGGCCACACACACAGAUUCCUGUUGAACGCCGUCUCUUUAACUACCUUAUUUUCUCAAUAACAGUCUCUCUCCUUCACUUCAUCCCUCUCUCCUCUUCUCCCUAAAUCUUCUAGGUUAUAUCAGCUGUGUCGGUGAACCCCUCCCGCAUCUGAACUGGCUACAUAGAGGGCACAGCAUGAUCAGAGGUGAGAGGUCACUUGGUCAGGUCAACAGGAAGUAUUAUUAAAGAGAGGCUUUACAUUGAAAUACAGAUAGAGAUGCAGUAGUCCCAGAGUUAAUGAAUCAAGGUCAGUUUUGCAUUUCACCUCCUGAUUAUUAUGAUGACUAACAAUGUUAGCAUGUUUACGCCAUGUUUGUAAUUUUUUCUAUCUCUCUUUACAUCUGUCUCUCGUCUGCAGAUAUGUGUUGAUGUGAGAGGAUGCCAACCCCCAGUCCCAUCAUCGCCACCUCACCCGCUUUUAAGAUAACCUUCGGGUCGACUAGAGACACUAUGUAAUUGUGAUGAACUGAGAGAAUAUUAGGGUAGCACUGUGAUUCAUUAAUCAUGUUCUGCCUUCCCUGCUCCUAAGUUCUUACCUCUUUCCCUGUCUUUUACACCUCUCUCGCCACCUCUUUCUUCCUGUUUUUAUAAUGCACAACAAAUGUGCAUUGAAGUAAAGAUUGAACUUGUAUUUAUAAUAUUACAAUUAUAAUAUUUAUAAUGCAUGUACUUAUAACACUUGGAUAAUGAAUUUCUUUCAAUAAAGCGUUUCACAU